GUCCUAUUUAUUCAGACCUAACAUAUCUUCUUGAGUGGUACAUUCUCAGGGCCUGUGUUUUUAAUGCCUCUUUUCUAUAUGUUUUAUCUGCUAUAGCUAAUGGCUGAGAGCAGUCGGAUCCAGAUAGGUGAAGACCAGAUUCAGACAAGUCCAGGUCCUGGUCCACUCAGCGGGCAUGGAAAGUGUCAAAAUCACCGCCUUGUGUGCGCAACAGUAUCCUCCUUGGACAAAUGCCUUCAGUGUGUGGGACCUGUAGCCUCCUUAAAGUGGCUUGGCUAUAAGUGCAAAGUUUGUUCAGGUGUCUGGCAUAAAACCUGUUUCAGACGAAUUAUAAAUGAAAACCUCCCCCACCAAUCACAGGAGCAACAGCUUUCAAAAUGUUCAGAGGAUGAACUGCUGUCAGAUGAGGAUAGCAUACCACAUUCCAAUGUGGAUCCAAUAUCUGAUGAUGAUCAGGAUCAUUCUGAUGUGGAUUACGUACCAGACUCAGAGUUUCAAGAUGAUGAUGAAGAUUCAGACACAAGUAUACCUUUCAUGCCUAUUCGGUCUAACGGUGGACAGAUUCAGGUAAAACCAGUAAUACCUGAUGCUGGGACAUCUUAUGGGUCAGACACAGGCAUCCCAGUUGUGCCCAGUACAUCAAAAGGUCAAAUGCCCCUUAAAGAAACAUCAGGCUCUGCAAAUUCUAUGAAAACCUUGCCGAAGAAGAAGAAAAAGCUAGAUGAUCAAGCAGAGCCUCACAACCAAGAAUCAACACAUUUGACUAUGAGUACUAAAAAUUACUGUUACAUUUGUGGUCAACCACAAAGCAAAAUUUCUCGAGCGUAA